UGUUUUCCUCUGGGCAGGGAAGCCGGUGGCCCUCGCGUGCCGGAGGAUGAACACAUGACAGGUCUUGUGUACAUCACGUGUUCCCGGCCCCGUGCCAGGCCGUGACGCGGUGGGUGGAGGUAGGAUACAGUUCCACAUAUGGAGAGGAGCCCGCUCGGCUUGGGGUUGGCAACGAGUCGGCGGUCAGCAGAUGGCAGAGGCGAUGGGGCAGUUAGGCAGGAAGCUGGGCCCGAGGGUGCCUUUCCUGUGGGGGGCUCUGGGGCAGGUCUACCACAGAAAUCCGGAAGGAGAAAUCGCGGGAUGCAGCACGAUGCCGACGCAGCAAGGAGACGGAAGUGUUCUACCAGCUGGCGCACACCCUGCCCUUUGCUCGGGGGGUCAGCGCCCACUUGGACAAAGCCUCUAUCAUGCGGCUGACCAUUAGCUACCUAAGGAUGCAUAAGCUGCUGAAUUCUGGAGAAUGGCGAGAACAAGUAGAAGCUGAGGAACAGGUGGAUGCUUACUAUCUGAAGGCCUUGGAUGGCUUCCUUAUGGUCCUGACUGAGGAAGGAGACAUGAUCUACCUCUCUGAGAAUGUCAACAAGCACCUGGGUCUCAGCCAGCUGGAGCUCAUUGGCCACAGCGUGUUUGAUUUCAUCCAUCCCUGUGAUCAGGAAGAGCUUCAAGAUGUACUGAGUCCGAGGCAGGGUUUCUCCAAGAAGGCGGAAGUGAAGACCGAGCGCAAUUUUUCAUUGCGCAUGAAGAGCACUCUCACCACCAGGGGGCGCACCGUCAACCUCAAGUCUGCUACCUGGAAAGUGCUGCACUGCGCUGGGCACAUGCGUUCCUAUGCACCUUCCAAGCCGGCUGCAGGGAAGGAAGGGGAAGGCGGCUUUGCGGAGCCUCCCUUGCGAUGCCUGGUGCUCAUCUGUGAGGCUAUCCCGCACCCCGCCAACAUCGAGACGCCCCUGGACAGCGGCACCUUCCUCAGCCGCCACACCAUGGACAUGAAGUUUACCUACUGCGAUGACAGGAUCGUCGAGAUGGCUGGUUACACCCCCGAAAGCUUGCUUGGCUGCUCCCUCUACGAGUACAUCCACGCUCUGGAUUCCGAUUCUGUCAGCAAGAGUGUCAACACCCUGCUGAGCAAAGGGCAGGCAGUGACCGGGCAGUACCGCUUCCUGGCCAGGAAUGGCGGCUACCUCUGGAUCCAGACCGAAGCCACCGUCAUCUCUAGCAGCAAGAACUCCCAGCCCGAGAGCAUCGUCUGCAUUCACUUCGUGUUGAGUCAGGUGGAAGAGAAUGGCUUGGUGCUGUCCCUGGAGCAAACAGAGCGCCAAGGGGAGCAUCGCCGGCUGCCCCCACCCUGCCUCGAAGGGCUGGACUCAGACAGCGCCCUGGAUGAGAUGGACCCCAACGGAGGAGAUACCAUUAUCAACCUCAGCUUUGAGCUGCGUGGCCCCAAAAUCCUGGCCUUUCUGCGUCCAGCCAACAUCAGCGAGGAGGAAUUGCAGCUGGACCCCAAACGCUUCUGCAGCCCGGACCUCCAGAAAUUGCUGGGGCCCAUCUUCGACCCACCUGGGGCCCAGACCCCAGCAGGGGGGACUGUGCGGGCAAGACCUCCUGCCCCAGUGCCCAAGCUGGCUCCAAUCACUAAGAAGGCUUCUGGAAAUCCCAGCCCAGCGGACCUGCCGGAAGAGUUGCUUUUUGACAUGGAGAACGUCCAGAAGCUCUUCGCAUCCAACAAGGAGGGGCAGUCCAUGGAGACGGCGCUGCAGGAUUACGAAGGCCUGGACUUGGAGAUGCUGGCUCCUUACAUCUCGAUGGAUGAUGAUUUCCAACUCAGCAGCACCGACCAUCCUCCGUGGCUUGCUGAGAAGCGAGGAGACCCGGGGGCAGGGCCCCGGCCAACCUCGCCCCCUCCAAGGCCUCGUUCUCGAAGUUUCCAUGGGGUGUCCCCGCGCCCGCCGGAGCCGGCUACCCUCCCCCGCUGGGGCAGUGACAGCAGUUUGAGCCAAGGCCGCCCCAUCCAGCCACCUCUGGCCAACUCCCCCUGCGGAGAGGGCCAGAUGGUGGAAAUGGUGGCAUCGGUCAAGAUUCAGUCCGUGCAAGACGGGACCAAUCUGAAUGGCCAGAGGUCCCCCUUGGGUGGUAGGAAGAGGACUCGGGAGGUUAGCAUGGAAGAAGAAAGGGAGCUCUUCCUGGAGACCAGCCCCCCCAAGCGUGCCCAUAUCCAUGAGGCUGAAGGAUUCCUGAUGCCCUCGCUUAGCCUGGGGUUCCUGCUGAGUGUGGAAGAGUGUCUGGACGCCAGGUCCGAGCGGGGCUGCGGAGGCACUGUGGCCCUGAGCAAGAAACUUCUGUCUCUGGAAGAACCGAUGGGCCUCUUAGGAGACAUGCUGCCCUUCAUGGUGGACGGACCAGCGCUCUCCCAGCUGGCUCUGUACGAUGGCGAGGAGGAGGCCUCUGGGCGUGGUGGAGAGCACUUCCAGCUGGGGGAGGAACUCCUUGUGGAGCUCGACCAGGCCACCUGAAGUGGCGCCCUUGACCGCCCCCACCGCACCUUCAUCCCACACUCCUGCUCUGCAGAUGGGACACACGGAACCAAAUCCAACCAAAUGCCCUUGGGGAGGGGUUCUGACCCGCCCCCCUUCCCCGCCUGUCCACCCUCCACUGGCGUUCUUAGGACUGUUCCUACCUCAGUCCCAUCCCCCUCCCCAGGCAGCCUCUCCCGUCUGGAGACGGUCUGGAGGAAGGCUCCGCCACCCCAUUUGGUGCUUACCCACCUGAAUGUUCUUGAGCAACAGGAAUGGGGGCCAGCAGUGGGAUCGAUUCAUGGAGGGGUCUGCUCUCUUCAUCCCCCAAAGGAAGAGAAAGCACCACAGAGGGACCCCCAGGACAAGAAAGAACAGUGCAGCUACCCCCUUGAGAGACAUAGAACCCAUGGUGCUGCACCUUCUCCUCUGUCCUCAGCUAGCUCGGACAGGUCCUUCAGGGUGUUCCCAGUGUGAGAUCAGCCAUUCCUGGGGCAACGGGAUUCACCCAUUUGAGGGAGGUGAAAAGUGGGGGGACCUGCUCUGAGAACAGGGUGAACUUCAGCCUCUCAGGGGACUCCUCGCCAUGAUUUCCCCAAAACACUUCUGGUGCCUCCCACUGACCUCAGCAAAAGUCUCACCUUUUGAAAAGGGAAACCAGAAAGGUUCUCCAACAUUUUGGCCAGGUUAGAACACCUGUUCUGAACUCUAGACUGAUCUUUCCCCCUAAGAUAGCCAACGUCUGAAUAAUGAGUCCCUAGAACAAAACUGUGGUGCUUUGGCCAUAUCUGGGCCUAGUUAAAGAUCUCUAUAUGUUUACAAAAGUGUUCUCACUUCUGCACAUGUUCAAUGCAGAGAAAUUGGAUGCAAUCUAGAAACAAGGCAAGCUGGAAAAAAACUUUCAGAAAAAAAAACUAUUUUAAAAAAGCAUCUUAUGCUAGCUUCCCUUAUCAAGCAGUCACUAGAUGUGUUGGGAGUACAGGGACCAGGUCCACCCUGCCAGCUGUCACUGCAGCCAGAGCACAUCUGGAGAGAACCAGAUUGGGGAAGACUGGAUAGCUCAAAAUUUUUCCAUCCAACAGCCCCCCAACAUGCAAGCCUAAAAAAAAAACUUGAAUAGGAAGGAACCAAAAAAAACCCCAACACCCCAGGCAACAUUUUGAACCUGCCAGUAGCCAAAACUCUCCAGAAAAAUAGAAAGUGAUUGCAAAAUCCUAAACCAGACAGAAAAUUUUCAGGAGCCUUAAAGUACUACCUGAAGCUUCUCAAAGACAAUCUCAAACUUUUUGAGUGUGAAGAAAAAGGCCGUCCUGUUUUUGAACUUCAAGAUGGACAGCCUACUACUAAGAUCUUUGAUAACGAAGAAAGCUUUUCAUUAAGCAAGUUUGAACCGGUGCUACAAAAUGUCAUCUGUUGUUAGAAAUGACGUUGUUGUCAAUACUUCAAUCAUUUUUGUUUCUACUUUAAAGAGAGGGGAAUGAAAAUUUCAAAAAGGUGCUCCCCUUUCUUGUGUUUUUAACACCUUGAUCCCAGUCAUGCUUACUCGGAAGUAAGUUGCACUAAAAUCAGUGCAACUUAGUUCAAAGUAAUGGUGUAUACCAGUGUUUUUCAAACUUGGCAACUGUAAGAC